GUUCUUUUUGGUGCGAGAUAUAAGACCAAAAAGCAAGAAAACAUUUAGCGACACUUUAAAUCAAACUUCCUUCGUACGACCUUCGUACGAAUCUGAAUGGUAGCAAAAAAUCUUGUAAAAUGAACAGUACAAACACUUCUGGACUAGACUGUCAUUCGUUUUUCUGGCCCGAUGGACAAAUCAAACCGUUCAUGUUUCGAUCAAACAGCUUCUUUUACGUCAGCAGAUUUACACUUGCCAUUAAUGUUGUGUUUUCUCUUCUGGGUGCUAUUGGUAACGGGUUGUUUCUAGUGGUUUUAUUGAAGAAAACGUCUCUUCACACUCCUGCCAAUAUUCUGAUCGGAUCAUUGGCAGUGGCAGACUUCAUGAUAGGAGCCUUAGUUCAGCCCCAAAUGUGUGCUUUUGUCUUUCAAAAGAAUUUGUUUGAAAACUGUAGUUUUGUGGAUGCGUUGACUUUCCUUGCACAUAUGCUUGCUUGUAUAUCAGGUACCACAAUGGCUGCCAUAAGCUGUGAACGUUAUGUGGCGUUAUUUUUGCAUCUACGAUACAUGGAACUGGUGACAGAGAAGAGAGUAACGAUCGUUGUCAUUAUCAUCUGGCUCUUUUGGUUGAUUUACGACUCUUUGACUUUUUUGGGGCUUGCUUACCCGUUAAUAAAUUUAUUUCGAGCUAUUGUUGGUAAUUUUGUGUGGUCGCUAUCCUGUGUUGCUAUCGUAGCUUCAUACCUUAAGGUAUUUGCCUUGGCUCGACGCCACCGAAGGGCCAUCUCCCAGGCCCAGCCAACGGUCCAAACCAACGAUACGUCUAAUGACUCACAAAUGAACCUGGCAACGACCAUGGGUCACGUGAUUUGCUUGUCCAUGUUUUGUUACAUUCCAGCUUGUCUUGUUUUCACUCUUUUUGCUAUACGUCAUGACAGCGGGACGAGUCUUUUUAACAUUUUCGUCAUAACCAUGUCGAUUCAGUUCGUUAGCAGUUCCUUCAAUCCUGUUCUUUAUUGCUGGAGGAACGAAGAAGUACGACAGGCGAUGUUUGAUUUGUUCRGGGAUUUAAAAAACGCUAUUCUGGAAUACUAGCAAUUGGUA